AGAGAACAAACUUUUCAGCAGGAAGAGAAGCAACUGGAGCACCCUUAUGCAAAUGGAUAACCAGGUCCCUCCCAAGAAAGUUCCAAAGUUCUGUUCCAUUCGCUACGGAAUUGCUAUCUUACUGCUCUUCUGUAAUGUUGUGGUAAUGUCACAGCGUGUGUGUAUAAGCCUCACUAUGAUCGCCAUGGUGAACAGCACAGAGCCGCAUGCUUUGUCCAACAUCUCCACAAAAGAGCUCCAGGAUAACAUAAAGAACCCUGUGUAUAAUUGGAGCCCUGAAAUCCAGGGGAUCAUAUUAAGUUCCAUUUUCUAUGGUGUACUCAUCAGCCAAAUUCCUGCUGGAUAUUUAUCUGGAAUAUACUCCUUAAAGAAAAUGAUUGGCUUUGCAUUAUUCUUCAGCUCUCUCUUUACCCUGCUCAUCCCACCAGUAGCUGAAUUUGGAGAAACUCUUGUCAUUGUAUGCCGAAUAAUCAAGGGACUAUUCCAGGGGGUAACAUUAACAGCUCAGCAAGUAAUAUGGACCAAGUGGGCUCCUCCCUUGGAACAAGGCCGACUUACCUCUCUGAGUUUAUCAGGUCUUCUCCUAGGACCCUGUGUUGUCAUGCUUAUGACUGGAUUCAUCUGUGACUCCCUAGGAUGGCCCAUGGUCUUUUAUAUUUUUGGUGCUGUGGGCUGUGCUUUAAGUCUUCUCUGGUUCAUCCUGUAUUAUGAAUACCCAAAGGAUCACCCAUUUAUAAGCAUCGGUGAGAAGGAAUAUAUCACGUCCUCCCUCGACCAGCAGGACAGCUCAAAUUCACCAUCUCUGCCCAUCAAGGCUAUGAUUAAGUCUCCUCCACUCUGGAUCAUUUCCCUCACUAAUUUCGCUUUUUUCUGGACAAAUAGCAUCCUGAGUAUGUAUACACCAAUGUUUAUCAACUUCAGAUUUCAAAUUAACAUAAGAGAGAAUGGGCUGCUGUCUUCCCUCCCCCAUUUGUUCGCUUGGAUUUUUGCUGUCCUAGCAGGUCAUAUGGCAGAUGUCUUCCUAUCCAAGAAUAUUCUCAGCCUACUCACCAUCCGGAAACUUUUCACUUCUCUAGGACUUCUGCUGCCUGCCAUCUUCAGCCUAAGCCUGCUUUACCUGAGUUCCAGCUUCCAUGCCACUAUGAUUUUCCUGACACUUGCUAAUGCAACAGGAAGCUUUAGUAUGGGUGGAUUAUUAAUAAAUGUUUUGGAUAUUGCUCCCAGAUAUUAUGGAUUUCUUAAAGGAGUUACAAAUGUAAUUGGACUAACAGGAGGAUUAGUUUCUUCCACUCUGACUGGAAUGAUGCUUAGUCAGGAUUCAGAAUCUUCCUGGUUUAAAAUCUUCUUCCUGAUGGCAGCCAUUAAUGUGAUAAGCCAAAUUCUCUACGUUAUAUUUGCUAAAGCAGAAGUUCAGGACUGGGCUAAAGAAAGACAAAACACCUAUCUCUGAAGUGUAAAACAGAGUGCUGGGUGAUUCUGGGACUAAUCUCCUAAUCGAAAGGAAGAGGGACCAUCACAUGGCAGUCACCAGCCCAGGAAGAAGCUGGAGUGGAGAUUCCUAGGAGGUCAAUCCCACCACCAUCCCUUGCCACCACACCCACCUUCUAGGCAUCUCUUUUUUUCAUGUAUUGUUGAUAACAUGUAACAUGUCUGAUUUUUAAAUUCAGGUUUAUUUACCUUCUGC